CUCCAAUUACAUAUCAAACAAAGUAAUUGGAAAAUAAUAAUCUCCUUCUCUCUUAAAGCCCGAUCUAUACACACACACUAGCGCAUAGCCUUGAGGCUAAAAAUGCACAUUUGAUCUCAGAUCUGAUUCCAAUUCCAUCUCACAAAAUCAUUUAGGGGUUUCAAUUUCAAUCAAACACUCUCUGUGUUAAGAAGAUGUUGACGAAGUUCGAGACGAAGAGUAAUAGAGUUAAAGGGUUGAGUUUUCAUAGCCAAAGGCCAUGGAUCUUAGCCAGUCUUCAUAGCGGUGUGAUUCAGUUAUGGGAUUACCGUAUGGGAACUCUCAUUGAUCGCUUUGAUGAACACGAUGGCCCCGUUCGCGGUGUUCAUUUUCACAAAUCUCAACCUCUCUUUGUUUCUGGAGGAGAUGAUUACAAGAUUAAGGUUUGGAACUAUAAGCUGCAUCGGUGCUUGUUUACCCUGCUUGGACAUCUUGAUUAUAUCCGAACUGUUCAAUUUCACCAUGAAUAUCCAUGGAUUGUUAGUGCAAGUGACGACCAGACUAUUCGGAUAUGGAACUGGCAGUCUCGUACUUGUAUUUCUGUCUUGACUGGCCACAAUCAUUAUGUAAUGUGCGCCUCAUUUCAUCCCAAAGAGGACCUGGUUGUCUCUGCUUCUUUGGAUCAGACUGUUCGUGUCUGGGAUAUUGGUGCCCUAAGAAAGAAAACCGUUUCUCCCGCUGAUGAUAUCUUGCGGUUGAGUCAGAUGAAUACUGAUUUCUUUGGUGGAGUGGAUGCUGUGGUGAAGUAUGUCUUGGAGGGUCAUGAUAGAGGGGUUAACUGGGCAUCGUUUCAUCCUACACUCCCCCUUAUAGUUUCUGGUGCAGAUGAUCGCCAAGUGAAAAUUUGGCGUAUGAAUGGUAUGCUCCUGAAAUUCCUGAUGUAUUUGGAUGGUCAUCUUUACUUGCUUUGUCACACAUAGUCAGUUUGCA